UUCAAGUGAAGCCAGGACUUGCAGCUGUAAAAGGCGGGCUUUUCAGCCACACACAGGCACUCCACCCCUACAGUCCCUCCCCCGUUUCUCUUUCACGUUCAGUUUUAUCUUCCCUUGGCUUCCUUUCUUCUUCAGAGACGAAUAUUUAACGCAGAAGCAAACUACUACUGCUGCUGUGAGGUUGGUUUGUUUUGAAAACUCAGGUGGUCUCUCCCUCAUGCAAGCCACAGAAGGGACUCUCCCAGAAGAGGUGGGGAAGGUUUUUGAAGAUGUUGAAGAUUACCUAGAAAUAUUGCAGACUGAGAACCUUAGUGCUAAAGCGAGGCUGCAAAAGGAUGAAAUCUUGUCUGAUAUUAAGCAACUUAAAGAAAGGUAUCAUUGGGGAUUCCUUGCUGGAGGGGUUCCAGCCAGAUUUUCUCCAACACAAGAUGGCUCUGAUGACAGCCAGACCAGGAGUUUCAUCCCAUCUGCAACAACAGGGGCAUUGCUUGCACACAACAACCUCGAAAAUGCUGAGAACAACAUUCAGAAGGCUUUUCGAGACCAUGGCUUCAUUCUGAAACAAGGAUAUUUGGAGAAGAGAUCCAGAGACCCUAAAAUCUUUGGCUCUGAAUGGCAGAAGCGGUGGUGUGUCCUUGACAACAAGGCCUUUUACUACUUUGCAAAUGAAAAAAGCAAACAACCCAAAGGCAUGUUUGCCAUUGAAAACUACCGUGCCCAACUGGCUUCGUAUCUGCGCAAGGACUCUCGAAGGGAUUGUUGCUUUGAACUGUCCUGUUCUGGCAAGCGUACUUACGAGUUCACUGCUGCUAACCCUGCGGAAGCCAUGGACUGGGUGGAUCAGAUCCUGUUCCUCCUGAAAGAUAUGAAGUCCUUGGUUAUCCCCUGUGAGGAAGAGGUGGAGGACUACCAAGAGAACGAAGAAGCCUAUGAUGACAUAGACAGUUUUGAUUCCCCCAGUGUGACUCUUCAUCAGGACACCACUGUGGACACAGAGGAUGAAGAGGACUUGAGAGAGAACCAUGAAUGCAUUUAUGAGGUUCUUCCAG